AUGAACGUGUCAGAUUCCUUCGGCUCUCACGCAGACGCCGAGAAUGCAACCCCAUCGGGAGUCAUAGACUACACCGGAGAAGACUUUGACUGCGAUGAAAGAUUACAGGCGAUGGGCUUUGUGGGCGAGCAUUCGGAGAGAGCGUGGCUAUACAGACUCAAGCAAGCCCUCGGCCAGGGUAAAGCAAUUCCUGUCGGAGAACACGCUGACCACCAUUCCAUUUCUUCCAUGAACUACUUCCAAGAUGAGUCUGACAUUCCACUCAUUGAGAAUUUGGAUCUAUCAGGACAGCCCCCGCCCCGUGAUAUCGCCGAUCAACUCGUCGACGACUACUUCCAGACCGUGCAUCCCGCAUUUCCAGUCAUCGAGAGGACGAAAUUUAUACGCCAGUACAAGUCCUUCUAUUCGAACCCGGAUACCCCUCCUGCGAAACAAUGGUUAGCAAUAUUCAACCUCAUAAUGGCCAUUUCAGCGAGGCAUUCGCUACUUUUGGGGAAACAGUCUCCGGGGGAGCAUGAUGGACAUACGGUCUACUUUUCACGCUCAUGGUUGCUGAGCUUAAAUCCGGAUGCAUUUUUGAGCAACAAAACUCUACAACAGGUGCAGGUUGAGGCUUUGACGGCCUUUUACCUCCUUUCAGUUGGCCAGGUCAACCGCGAGAGCGACACGAUUGAGGCCUCUGAGACUCGAUAUCAGGUGUGGUGGGGACUGUUUACGUUGGACACGGUCUUGUGCAUUAUGACUGGCCACCCUCCUUGUAUUGGAGAGACCUAUUGCACAGCGCCGCUUCCCGUGAAUUACGAGGGAGAGUGUUCCGAGAACAAGCCUGUGGUGCAGCCCAGCAAGAACACAAUGGAUCACAUAGAUCCAGUGCAGCAAGAACCGAGCAAGGGAAACCAAAGUGAGAAAGCCACUGAGUUAUCUCGCACUUCGAUGCACAACAUUUCGCCAUGUUUUAUAUACACUGUGCACUUGACAUUUGCCAUACAAGAAGCUGUGAAUACUCUAUACGCCCCGAGGGCCGCGCGACGAUCAUGGCUUGAGAUCGAAAUGGCGAUUUCUUCAUUCAACAACAAUGCUGAAGAGUGGCGCUCCCGCCUUCCAGCCAACUCUCGUUUUACGGAGAUGGGCAAAGACGUACCACUAAUAUUUCCACGCGCUGGCUUGGCUUUCCAGUUCUAUAGCACCAAGCUUAUCAUUUCACAGCCUUGUCUUCGGCGUAUCACUCAGAUCUCGUCGCCUGGGUGCGUCUGCGAAGCCAUGGCGGUCAUCUGCAUUGAAGCGGCGGUAAAAAUGAUCGAUAUUUUGCCGGACAAGGUUGACAUAGCCUGGCUAUACAAAGAAACGCCAUGGUGGUGCAUUCUCCACUAUGUCAUGCAGUCGACCAGUGUUCUCCUGAUCGCACUAUUCAAUAAAGACCGACUGGCAAUGAUUGCUUCCUUCGACGUAGAUGGGAAAAUCAAAAAGGCUCUACGGUGGCUGGAAGAGAUGUCUACGACAGAUAUCUCCUCGCGGCGAGCCUGGUCUAUCUGUGAAGAUAUUCUGUCUCAACGCAGCUGA